UCUGCCAUUUCAGGUUUAUACUUUAUACAGUCAAGAUUUCGUAAGAAAGCCUAAGGCUUUACUUCGAAAUGGGACUGAAAUUGUUUAUAGUUUUGGCUGUGGUCAGCAGUUCGUUUGCUUGGCCAGCAUGGCUGAGCACAUCAGAACAGUGCGGCAAAACCUGUAAAAGUAUGCCAGGUUACGAAAUAAACAAGAGAUACACCUAUGACUACAGUGUAACGGUUUCGUCAUUGGUUAAUGGGACAUCUGAUGAUGACUCUAGUGUUGUUCUUAACUGCAAAGCAGCCAUCGAGGUUUUGGACAAUUGUGAAAUGGUGUUGAAGGUUUCUGAGGUGCAAAUCGAAGAGAAGAAUCAAGGCGGUUCAUUUUCUACCUCAAAAAAUAACAGAUACCUCAAAAUGUCCUUAAUGGAUUACGAUUUACGCUUUAGUUAUGACGAGGGUCUCAUUUCAGCGGUCUGUCCCGAUGAUGAAGAGAAACCCGAGAUGUUAAACAUCAAGCGUGGUAUCUUGUCUGCCUUCCAGGGCACCUCACUGCAAGUGAUGGAUGGUUCAGAACCAGAACUGACCACUAUCGAGACUGAUGUUACAGGUAUCUGCCCUGUUCAACUAAAGAAAGUUAGUGACGAAAAGACCAUCAAGUCGAAAAAUUUCUUGGGUUGCAAGGAACACGUCAAGAUAGAUUCAUCCGUCCAGGCCACUCAACUUCUACCUCAUGCGCCAACCAUGAAUAUUCUCAACAGUAGUCAAGUCUGCGAACAACAGUGGACAAAUAUGCAGCUUCAACGUGCACUGUGUCAAGAAAAACACCUUGUUAUACCGUUUUCCAAAGGAGGAAAUGGUGCCCUUACCACCGUUGAACAAUACAUGCAGAUUACAGAUAUUGAAACCAUAGCAGCAGCAUCCAGCGAACGUAUCAAUAAGAGGACUGAUAUACUCUUUGAACAUGUAAAGAAGGAGGAUUCGAUUGCCAAGGAACAGUUGUUAAAAACGCUUGACGAUGUUUGCUCAAAGAGCGCGUCAGAGAUUCCACCAGAAGCUGCUGAGUUGUUCGCAAAGGUUGCGUUCCAAAUGCGCAAACUUGAAAAGGAACCACUUAAGCAAGUUGUGAAUAAUGUUCUUGACGAUACUCUAUGCAAUGGCCGUCUCUCAUUCAAGAAGUUUGUAGUAGAUGCACUCCCAGUUUGCGAAAGCACAGCUUGUGUCGGUGUGAUGACUGAUCUUAUCCGCGCUGGAAACAUGACACAAAAAUUGGUAGAUGCAUGGAUCAUGUCUUUCGCAUUUUUGCGCCAUCCAUCUGCUGAUAUGAUAAAUGAUCUCACGCGCGACAACAUGCUCUCCUUGUUUAAAGAUGAGAGAGAAGACAGCGAGAUUAGAAUCGAAGCAUUCCGUGGCGCCAUGAAAUGUUUGGAUACCGACAUGAUGGACAAGAUUAAAAGACAAAUGGCUACAGAGACUUCUGAUCAAGUUGGCUCUUAUGUGUGGAGUUUCAUGAAGAAUUUGAAUGAGAGUUCAGAUCCCCUGAAGCAAGAACACCGUGCAAUUGUACAGGAAAGCGGUCUCCUCCAGGAAUUUCCAAUGGAUCCAAGGAAAUUCUCCCGCAAUAUGGAAAUUUCUUAUUUCAAUGAUACCACCGGCUUGGGUGCUACCAUUGAAAGUGAUGUUAUCUUCUCACCCAAAUCCUUCGUCCCUCGUCAAGUUUCGAUAGAUUCCAAGCUUGACCUCUUUGGUUUCUCUAUCGAUCUUUUGGAGGUUGGCGGUCGUGUUGAAGGCAUUCAGUACUUGCUUGAAUCAUUGGUUGGACCUAAUGGGUUUUUCCAAGACAACGGUCUGAUGGAUCUUAUCCAGAGCCGACCGAGACGCCAAAGACGUGCCAACAUCAGGGAUAGCACGUUGAACAAUUUGCUCGAAAACUUCGAUAUACAAGCCGAAGAUAUGCUUCAGGGAUCUGUUUACUUCAAGGUGUUUGGUAACGAACUUGGAUUCGCCGACUUGAGUAAACUUAGCGAGUGGACACCAGAGAGUGGAUCGACAAAUAUUCUUCAGCACCUUAUGAAACUUACAAUGGAGCUGGCAAAGGAGAAAACCAUUGAAUACAGUAAGAAUAUGAUGUUGAUGGAGGUAUCCAGUGAGGUACCAUCGUGUGCUGGCCUUCCAAUCAAGAUCUCUGUCAACGGCAGUGCCUCACUUCAAAUGAAGGCAUCAGGCAAAAUGGAUGUCCGGCAAAUAAUGGUGAGACCGCGCAGUUUAGAUAUUACCGGAAAGGUUGAGCCAAGCGCGGCCAUUGAAGUGAGCACAGUUAUGGAAGUCGAUUUUUUCGUUGCACGAACAGGUGUACAACACGUUGCUCGCGCUCACACCUCCACGUCACUUGAGGGCAGUGUUGUGUUGACCAAUGGCAAGGUAUUCAACUUGAAUCUGAACGUACCGGACAAACGACUAAACAUUGCUGAUGUAAAAUCUAAUCUGUAUUUGAUCCGCAUGGAUGAGAUGAUGGAAAUUCAAGGAAGCCCAGAUACCCAAAUGAGUUUGGACAUGUGCACUGGUGCUAAAGUUGAACAGUAUUUCGGUGUCGCUCUUUGUGGUGAGGCCAGUUUCCCAAGUACUAUCAUGAAGCCAAACAGUCCACGUUUCCCAUUGUCUGGAAAUCUUGACAUCGAACUAUAUUUGGAGAAACGAGAUGUGUCCCUUACUAAGUACACCAUGGAAGCAUCAUAUGAAAAACAGCAGGUACAGGAGGUUCUAAAUAUUAGAAGUCCUUCUAGCACACACUGGAAUGGGUCACAGCUGUACUUCCUUGGGAUUUUACGGCGUGCAUACUCCGUCGACAUGAAAUUUGAUCGAGGUGAACAGAACCUCACUAUUGAUAUGGUAACUCCAACUAAAACGGCAUCCAUCAGAGCCGACUUUGUCAAGCAACAAUUAAUGCAGAAAAUGGAAACACACUUCUUCCUCGAUGAGGCCCGUGUACUGAAAAUCUUAUAUAAGAUGAACAUGCAACCAGACGUUAAUGCUCAGACAAUGAAGUUCUUACCUACCUUCGAAUUUGAGUUUAAUAAGGACGGAGAAACGAAAACUUACCUUUUCUCAGGAAGUGUAACCAAAUACGAAGCACAAAACCGUACUGAUAUUGACCUUGUCUUCAACAAACCUUCUGAAAACCUCAUCACAUUGUCAGGCAAUGUACAGAAAAAUUAUGGUGUGAAGAAACUCACCUACACCACUGAUUUGAAUCUUGGUGGUCGCUAUAUCAAUGCUAGGAUUGAUGGAGAAGUUGUGAAAAAGGGCAACCUCGUUUCCUCAGAAAUUUCUCUCGAAUAUGUACCAACCAACCAGGACAGUCGAACACUGAAUUUCGCUAUGAAGUUGACCAACAACACAAGCGAGAAAUACAAGAGCUAUGACUUCAUGACCAGUAUGAGCUUUUCCCACAAUCCUCAGUUUAAUUUCCGAAUUGACUCCAGCUCAAAAUGUAAUGCGCUUCAUUCCGAGAGCUCCCUUCGCCUAUGCUACAGUAAUAUUGAUUGCCAGGGUGACAAAAUGAUCGCAGUUGAGCACACCUUUGACCUAACCAAGUCAGAUACCAAUCUGGAAAACGAGCUUGAAAUUAUUCUACGACUGCCAUCCUUCCAGAAGGAGUACCGUGUAACUCAGAGCUUGACACGUAACUUUGAAAGCCCAUUAAAUUUUGUUGUCGAUCUUAACGAAGUCGUUACCACUACUAGUCUAUUCCACACCAAACUUAACUUAAUCAAUGAGGGUACAAUGGAAUUACCAAGAGGCUCGUUUACAUUUGAGGUUGCAUGUCCAUGGAGAGAGGGCCACAUUAUUCAGACAUGGCAUAAAAGUUCAGAAAACCAGAUAUCUGCUACCACCAGUCUGAAAACCGAAACUAAUAGAACCAGUACAAUGGAGAUUAUGUGGGAAAAGAGUGAAAGAGAGGAAGACGAAUACAAAAAGCAUAGCAUUACCGUAAACAUCGCUACACCUGAAGAUACCCAGGUUUCCGUUGAAUACUAUAUUGAAUUUAGCAAUGGAGAAUUUGAUACAGAACUAACCACAAUGAAGAAUACUGACAGAAUUGUUUUUCUGAAGUUGGAAUUAGAAGACAUGAGCGAUAGUCAAAAACUGAAAAAGGAGCUGUCGUUAACUUGCAUGAUUCCUCCAUUGAAGUCAUUGAAGGAUGUCAGUUGGGUAUCAGAACUUGAAUAUAAGAAAGACAGUUUGUUCAACUUUAUCUCAACUCUGUCAGUUCUUCAGAACCGUUUCGUUUUCACCACCAACUUUCGUAACAAGACCAGCGUCGACAAAAAGCACGGUGAAUUGGCUAUAAGUUUUGCAACCCCAGAAAACAAAUUUGAAUUGCUUAGUUCAGCCAAAUUCCGCGGAAAGGUUGUUACAUUUGAAUCAGCUGCCACAUUCACACCAGGAGGACAGGAGGGCAAACGAUUUGCUGUCAGACUUGACUACCAAAAUAACACUGCCGAGACAGAAGUUGGACAUGAAGUCACUCUUACACUUGAAGCGCCAGACCAAAGUGUUUCAGCGGGUUGUUCAUUCAGCCGCAGUGAUUCAUCACUCACAUCCACAUUCUCUGUGACGUAUGCCCCAGGAAAAACCAUUACAAAUACACUAACCUUCAAUGACAGAAGCACUGACUCUCAGAAAAUAUUUGAGGUUGAGUUGAGCACCACUACACCAGAACGUUCACUUGGUUUUGCUUUUACUCACAGGAACACACAAACAAGGUUUAACCCACAUCUGGAGAUUUCACUCACCAGUGGUACUGUGUUCACCACUGACUUAGUUUAUGAAAUCAAGGAGAAUGGCGCAGUAAAGGAUCUCGUUUGGACAUUCGAUCUUCCCGAAGACCAGAACGACUUAAACUUGAAAAUGGUCUUGACUAAUACCAACUCCGGCAAAGGUUUUGAAUUUACUGUCUCGCAGGCUGAUGCCCAAACAGUACGAGUCGACUUCAACCUGGUUCCGAUAAUCACCGACACAGACGCACAGAUUGAUAUUGCCCUCAAUCUUAUCAACACCUACAUUACUGGUUAUGACAUGAAUGUGGACUUCACAUACGACCAGUCUACCGCAUUAAUCUUCGCCGGCACUAACAUCACCGUCAAUGGAAAGCGACAGAUCGAAUUAGAGACUAGUAUGAACGUAGUGUCUUCAACAUCGUACGGUAGAAAGAUUGCUUACAUCUUCAAGAGCAGGCUACCACAACUCACCGAUGAACCUCUUAGAAAUAUGGUAUUCAACUACACAAAUGAAGAAGAGAAUGAAGAUGUUUCUCAACACAUCAUUUUCUUGUAUGAUGAUCUCAGUGACGAUUACAAGGUGCACUUCGAUCGACUCUGCGAGGAACAGAACAUCGGUAUGAACCUCCACCAUCAUGAAGUUCUCCGCCUUAGACAUCCAUAUGACAUGCCGAAUGUUCCUCAAGAUAUGUCAAUAGAUAUUAGACGCGAGGUCAAUGACAUCGAACGAUCCACAAAGCUCAUGUUUGUCAGAAAUGGAUUGACCACCACUGUAGCCAGCCGAUACAGAAACAAAACAAAUGACCAAAAGAUACACCACAUGGCUGAACUAAUCAUAUCCAGACCAGAUGAGCAUGAUAUCACAAUUAAAGGAGUCGGAAAAUUGUUUGACGGUAAUAAAAUGUUCAGUACUGAUAUCGAUGUAUCAUAUAGUAGUGACAAGAAGAAGGACAUAAGCUUCAAGUUCGAUCUAUCUAACAACACUGUGGCCGAGUACACCAGUGAUUACACCUUAGGAAUGGAGGUACUUCACCUCUUCAGCAACAUCGACGUUACACUCGCCUGCUCCUUUACCAAUGACACCGAACGCGGCAGCAUUGGUUUAGAGUCACAGAUCGCUAUUGAUGAUGAUUAUAUCCCGAUUGCCUUAGAAGGAGAAUUCAACAAGCUAUCUAAAAAAUACCAGAUCCAUACAAAUGGACCUCAGCGGGAAAUGUGGUUCCGAGGACAGAUUGUCACGAUCUCGGAGGGCCACUACCGCCUUGACAUGACCAACCAAUACGAUCAGGCUAUCAAGCCUAGUCACCUCAUAAUUAAUCUAAUCAACAAAGAAAUUGAGUAUAAGUUCAUGUUUGACGAGCAAGGUGAGGAAUACUGGAAGGUGACCAUGGGCUACUUUAACGACACAGCUCUUGAGGCUGAUCUAACUCGAAUGAUCCGUGGUCAACUAACCAAUGACGCCCACGUACGUGUAGUACUCACCAGCCCGAAGGUUCUACGUAAUGAGAUCCAUUGGCGCCCAGAAUGGAUUCAAAAUGUUAAUGCUACCGUUGCAAGAUUGCUUUCCAACAUAAGUAACUCUAUGAGUCUUCGCUCUAGUGGUAUACAGCAACGUAUGAACAAAUUCACCGGUCGCCUACACGACAGUAUGAUGGACUUUGUAAGAGAAAAUUCAGAAUACCGCACAAUGUACUACGAACUGGUUGCUGAUCUCGAAAGGAAAAUUGCUGCUUUCAAAAUAAGAAUGAAUGCACGGAAACUAAGCAUGAAGAAUUCCAUUGACGAAAUUAAGACCGAUUUCGUUACUCAAGUAACUCCUUCAAUUGAGAAGAUGAAAGUAGCAAUUAACAGACUGGAGUCCCAAAUUCAAGAACUUAAAUUGGACCUCCAAAUGAAAAUGCAGAUGUGGGCUCAGGCUGCCUCGGCAUCUCUUGCGAACUACAAGGCCCAGUUUGGUGGACGAAUGAUCAACGAAUUCAACACAUUCGCUGAGACAUACAAUAGAAAUCUGAGAAAAGAUGCCACAUUCAUAAAGGUACUUGUAACAGAAAUGAUGGAAGAUAUCAAGGAAAGAGAGAUGGUACAUUUGGACAGACUAAAUACGUCUUUAGCUAAAAAAAAAGAAAUAUUAGGCCAACUAUUUAAGGAACUUGCCGCCAACAUAACAGCUGCUUUUAAGGAGCGCUUCGACGAGAUGAAAUUGAACUUUAAACAAUCAGUUUUCUAUUCCGAUUUGAUGACCUGCUUGCAAGAUAUGCAAAAUAAUGAAAUGGCUGCUGAUAUAAUGGCCGGCGCACAGGAAACGUUGAGUGAUGUCCAAAAUUCCCAGGAUCUGCAAAAGCUGAAAGAGCUGUUCUCAUUUUUGGCUCAAUACAGUAUGCCCAAGGUUGAUGUGUCUAAAAACUGGCUCAAACAAUUAAAGAUCCGUAUGAUGGAAGAAAUCGAGAAAUUGAAGACUCAACUGUACGAUGAGGUGCAAAAAUAUAACAACAGCACAUAUUCUCUUGAGAAAUUCGACAUCGAAAAUGGCGAGAUAGUGUUCCUUCUAUUCCUCCAAGAAGAAUGGCAAUCGCUUACCCAGUGGCCAGAAAAGUACACGCAGGCUGUUGAUGAAAUCUAUGAUACAGAUCAGGAAGAAUAUAUGUCCAAUGUUUACAAACGUCUUCGAGGCUAUAAAGAAUAUAUUCUGGAUAAGGCAGCUCAAAAAAAGAAACUCUUUAGCGAUGUUUAUCUGGAGAGUCUUAAGGAGAAAUGGCAGGAUAGUACUAUAGAUUCUUAUGUUGAUUAUUACAUCCAAAAGACCGAUCGAUUCUGGAGUUGGUUCUACUUGGUCAAGAGACUUAUCCAGCCAAAAAAUCUUAUUCCUCCAUACCAAGCUCACGGCAUGAUUGCUGGCAACGAACAUUACAUGACUUUCGACAAGUCUUACUUCGACUUCACCAACAAGUGCUCUUACGUGCUGGCAAGUGAUUUCAUUGAUGGAAACUUCACCGUUAUCGUUGACUAUGACAGAUCAGAAGAUGUAAAUGAAAAAUCUCUUGUUGUGAAGGUUGAUGACCAGACUAUUGAAAUCACCCCUGAUUGGCAGGUCAAGAAGAACGAUCGUGUGAUUGAACUGCCAGUUCAGUUUAAGAAGACCACCAUCAUCCGUGACAACGGCAUCAUCCGCGUUGACAACACUAAUGGCGUCACUGUCCGUUGCAACCUUCACAGCGAAUACUGCACUGUAAACGUCACCGGCUGGUACUUCGGCAAGACUGGAGGACUGUUUGGCAACUACAAUUACGAAAAGAAAGACGACAUGACCAAAUCAAAUGGCCGUGUCACUAAGAACCUACCAGAAUUCGCUCGUAGCUGGCAGGUCGGCAGAAAAUGUCUUUCUCACGACAACGAUGCAAACCAAUGUAAUACUGAUCCAACGUUACUUGCUAAUGAAAAGUGUGCCAAGAUUUUCCUGGACUUCCGAUCCGAAUUUAGCCGCUGCUUUACACAGGUGGACCGCAACGCAUUUUACAAAAUGUGCGUGAACCAAAUUUGUGGUUUAAUAACUGGCACGGAGAUCCACCAGGGCGUGUGUAACAUUUCAAAUGCCUAUCGUGAGCAGUGUAAGCAACAGGACGUUAUGUUGAAACCUCUGAAAGAUUGCGUCAUGUGCAAAGGUUCCGAAAACCAAGAAUUCAUUCAAAAUGAAAAGGAAACUCCUGUC